GGACAACGACACCACAGCUGAGCCGCCAUUCAGGGUCCGCAGGCCUGGCCAAGGCCGAACAGCUAAGAUCGAUGCAAGCUAAAAGCAAAUGCAGGUCGCGGCUUCUUGACAUACCCCGCUAUUGUCGUAAGUCUUUAGCAGCUGCCAGCGCUCCCUUUUCGGCCACCCUCCACCCUCAUCGGUAUUCUUAGCAAGAGUCAGACAGCAAAUCGGAGUCAUUCUUAGGACCAUUCGUCAUUCGACCCAACUUCCCGCAUAGCCCUACCAGCCAUCGCCUCUAUCUUCAUCACCGCGAUAAUGCCAUCCAAAGGAAUCAAAUGCUUCGCCUACCUCGCGGUCGCCGGAGUCGAAAUCGAAUUCAGCGUCCCCAAACAAUCCGUCACCAAGCGUGAUCAGCACCAGUUCACGAUCGAUCAUCUGGAAGUCGAGUCAAGUAAUCUAGGGCGCUUCAAAUUCGCCGGCCAAUUCAAGUUUGUCGUGCGAAGAGAUGGACGGGAGCUAACGAAUCAAUGGGUCGAUGUUAACAGCAUGACCGGUUCUUUGGAGAACGGCACGAUGAAGGACAUGGACCAAACGCCUAGCAUCUUCGCCGAAGACCUGGUCAUCGUCUACGGCUUCUACGACGCUGGACCAGGUGUCGCGGGCUUGCCUAAGCAGCAUCAGUGCUACGUAACCGUCACGAAGAACCAGGAGAACUGGAUGCGCGAAGUCAUCCCUCAUGACUCCGACAAAGCGAACCGCCCCUUCCACCGCAUGGUACUCCCGUCUUCUCACGACAUAGGCAUGAACAGCAUGCAAACCUCCCAAGCGCUCCUCCGCAACGCCGGAACCGGAAUCAUCAAGGAAGUCCUCGGCCGCAGCCUCCCCAACGCCUUCGAAGUCAUUAACAAAGUGUCCGACGGCGCGAUCAACCACAUCGCGCCAGACAUCAUCCGCGCGCUCGCCAUCACGCAGAAGGAUUCGCUCGAGACGAUUUUGAAGAUCGGAGCACGCUACUUUGAGUUCCGGCCUGCGAAGUGCCAUCGCCAGAUGCAGAAGGCCAGUCCGCUGGAGGAUACGUGGUUCUUCCAGCACGGCGCGAUCCCAGGGAUGCUGUACAAGCAGUUCCUGAACGAUAUUGCGCGGUUCUUGCAGGACCAUCGGGAGGAAAUGGUUGUGGUGCAGAACAGAUGGGAUGGCGUGCCGGGAGACUGUCCCAAGCCGAAUGAUGACGAGCUGAGGAAGGUGCUGAACGAGGUACUGCAGGGCAAGGAUAUCCAGGUGGGAAAUCAGGACGACAUGAUGAGGAAGAGCAUCCGCGACUUGCGAAACGAACGCAAGCGCCUUAUCGUCCUCCGCGACGUAAACCAAGUCUCGAACUAUGACGACGCAGCCAACGCUACGCUUACCGGCGACUCGAUGGUCAACAAGCUGAACGACAUGUCGCGCAAUCCUCCGCGCGGACACCCCAUAACUCUUCUUCAAUGCCAGGCUACGGCGACGAAUAUACGGGAUGUUAUUGUGGCGUCAGUGCUCGACUCAGAUGUCUCAACCAGCCCCAUCUUGGCCACGAAGCCGGUUUGUGAUAGCAAGAUCCUGCCGCUUUUGAGGGGUGAAUGCGGGAAGUGUCUGACGCGGGAGGAGAGUGUGGUGGUUUUGUUGAACGAUUUCUUCGAUGGUGCGACUGCAGAUGUGGCGAUUAACUUGUGUAGGGAGAGGCUCGGGUAGGGAAGAAUGGGUGGGGACGGAUUGGUUGCUAAAGCAGGUACGGCUUAGAUGCCAAACGGCAGUACUGGGAUUUUCCGUGGCAAAAGAAAACGAGCCGAAGACAGAAAGAAGGCCUAAGAAUCACUCUUCUCCCUUUAGCAUUUUCCAG